AUGAACUAUGAAUCUAUGCCACAUUCUCAUGCAGCAGAAGAGCUUCUGGAUAUGAUUGGGAGUGGCAAGGCCCAUGUGGCACAUGCUCAAAAUUUGGCGCAGGCUAUGAUUCGGGAUGGGAUUCCAAAGGAAGCUGUCUCUGCUUUUGCGAGCCUGGGAUCAUUUGGGCAGCAUCCUUCGAAUGCUGAGCGUGACCUACAUAGAUGGCUGAAAGGUAUCUUUGGAAUGUGCUUGGAACCAUACUAUAUAGACUUGCUACUUGAAACGGAGGAUGUUGAUGAGGACGCCGGGAAACCUUUGACGGCAACCAAAAGGAUUCCUGUUCUCCUACCACACGAGAUCUUCGCUGAGCUUCAUUCUUCAAGUGCGUAUCAGUUUGGUACGAGCAUGCUGGGGCACCAGACACCGAAUGCGAUCAAAGAAUUUUGGGAACAUUUGCAACGGUUUGCGCCGAUGGAUAUCAAGGGUCAUCCGGCUUUGGAGAGCUGUGAUCUCUCCGAGCUUGUGCCGCUCCUUGUUCACUUUGAUGGUGCAGAAAUGUACAGGAAUGCUGAGUACAACAUAUGGUCUUUUUCCAGUGUAUUUUCUUCUAUGCUGGAUGUGAAGGACCACGUGCACACUGAAAUCGCGAAGCUCAUGAGCUGGUCUUUCAAAAUCCUUCAAGAGGGUCGCUUUCCAGAUCGUGGGUAUUAUGGGGAAGAGCUUCUUGAAAAAUCGAGUCGGGGAAAGAGCCGCGGGCUGCCCCUGGCCGGCGGAUGGAAGGCGUGCUUCUAUGGAUUUCGCGGGGACCAGAAAGCGAGACGGGAGUGUCAUUUCUUUACACGGCACUACAACUGCAAUCUGCUUUGCGACCAAUGCGUUGCCAUCAAACCAUCAAAGAAUAUGGUCCGUGGGAUGAACUACAAGAACUUUUCUGCGAAUGCUCCUUUUCUUCUCACGACUAUCAGUCACGAAACGUAUUUGAACACAACUUCAGCGAGUGACCUGUCGCCUUGGACGGCGAUGCCAGGCUGGAGACUUGAGAAUACGUUUUUCGAUUGGAUGCAUGUAGUCCUGCUUGGAGUGGGAAGAGAUGCUGUUGCUGCCGCCAUCAAACUGAUGGUCAUGCGGGGACUGAUUGGCUGGGAUACAAAGCGAGCAGAUCUGAAGAUGUUGACACUUUGGAUCAAGAAAGAAUACAAGAGCCGGAAAUCCUUCUCUGUGAUAUCUUUGACCCCUGCAAAUGCUGGCCUGGAUCCUUGGACCGAAUACCCGGAGCUCGGGACAAUUUUCAAGGCUGCGCAAGUCAAGAUCCUGAUCUGGGGAAUAUCGAGAAAACUCCAGGAGGUGGUCAAGCGCGUUCAGGAUGAGGAUUUGGUGAGAAUGGCUCUGGCAAUGCGAGGGCUCAGUGAAGCUCAGAGUUUGCUGGACAACGGCGGCUUGAAGUUCACUGGAAGCGAAGCACGAAAGUUCGAUGAAAUGGUGCACUUGCAUUUACGAACGUGGCAAAGGCUGGCUGUGAAAUUCGAGGACCUCCUCAUCCCUUUGUGCAACAUCCGGCCCAAACACCACUAUCUACAGCAUCUUGCUCGGUAUGUGCUGCGGACCCGAAUAAAUAUUCGGAUACACCAAAACUUCGAUUCUGAAUCCUACAUGGGGAAAAUCAAACGAAUCGCCUGCAAAUGCCAUUCGACUUCGAUGUUGCUGCGAGUCCAGCAGCGCUACAUCCUGUACUUGGCGUUGCUCUGGGAUCGAGCAAAACGAGCAUCAGUUGGUGGGGAUGUCAGGGCAAAAUCUUUGGAAGAUAUCUUGCUCUUGGAGGAACGAAAACCUUUCAGUAGCAGUGCUGAGAAUGCGAAGCGACGAUGCUUGCGAGGCUGA